AUGGCGGUGCCGCAAAGCAUUGUCUUCGAAGUACAGACGAUCAUGGACGGGGAGAUGCCAUUAAACAGCAAGACCGAAGCCGUUUUGGCAGUUUUGGAACAUGCCGGGCUUGCAUCGAAGCAACGACUGCUGCCCCGGCAUCUGCUCAUCCAUCCGGACAAUCGCUCCCAGUCGAUGCUCUCCGUCUGGUCGAAGGGGUUGGCCAUGAGCAUGGUGGGCUUCAAUGUGAAGCUGGUGGAAGGCACCACCAUCGCAUUCGCCAUGAGCACAGAGCCAGAGAAGAGAGCCAUGCAGCUGGCCAAGAACAAGGCAUUGAUCGACAAUGCCAAGGGGCAUUUGGCACCCAUGACUGGCUACUUGACCAUCGGGGGCAGCCAUACAGUUGCGUAUCUUCGCUGCAUCGAAAACGGUGUGACCGGGCCAUCGGCGGAGUCAAGCACCCAUCCGAAAUCGGAUGCUAUCUGGCGAGCCAUCUCCGAAGGCUGGACAUGGGUGACCAUUUCCAGCGCUGUGGAGGAUGCCAUACCCAUUUUGCCAUCAUUUCUCCAAUCAUCAUUGAACUCUGCGAACAGCAUCCAGAAGAGCAUCUCGGAGCUGGAGGUUGCCAUGCUCUUGGCCACAUGCUUUGGCAAAGGCAUGACACUGGCACAGGCUGUGAAGCAUGCAGGGGCUGCCGAUGUAAGGUGCCGAUCAUCCAUUUCGGCCAUAGCCACAUUUGUCCAGAAGUUCAGUGGACAUGCGGGGACAUGCCCCAUUUUGCAUUUCUUGUCGAACUUCAGCAAAGUGCAUUCUUCCAGCAUGCUCCUGGGCGAGGACAUGAUGACACAGAUUGCAACCAUGGACUUCAAGUCAUCCACGAACAUGUAUCCAGUGACCAGAGCCGCCAUCUGGUUGACCCUAUUGGCAUGCCCGAAGAAUCAUGAGAGGGAUGGUUUUGCUCGGAACCUCAUUCGCUCAGACAUUGAGCGAUUGAGGCAAGCAGCAUGCCUGCCCAUGACAACCAAAGCGGAGCAAAUGCUCCAGGAUGCAUGGGGCAUCCAUCAAAGCAUCCAUGAAGGCCAAGGCAAGCACAUUGACGGCCAUCACGUGGACAAUUGCUUUGGCCGCCUGUGCAUAAGGACCAUCUUGCAUUUAUGCAACAAGGCGAAGACUGGCAGCAGGGAGUGCAGGGAGUUUGCAUCUUUGGAGGUCAUUGUCGAGGCGUUCUCGACAGAGCUCUACAAGGAUUCCCCUGCAUCGGGUGCAGAGGCAUCGAAGAGCGAUGAGAAGCCCAUGGUGGACGUUCUGUCGGCGAAGCCGCAUGUUGUGGCAUUGCUGCAGAAUGCCCACAUGACCAUGGGCGGCAAGUACACGAACAGCAAAGAACAUGGCUCCAUGGUUUUCAUCCUCCAGAGUGUCAGUGACGAUGGGGCAUGCAUGCGGCACACCCCAUUCUUCGGCGACAGCAUCGACAUCAGAACAUCAGCGGGCCAUGGUGAUAGUGGCAUUUUGCAUGUGGUGCACAAGAAGCAUUCGUCGACCAGUUCCCUUGCACUCGGGCAGUUCCCCUCCAGCUUGAUGACCAUGGUCACAUGCAAGAAGAAAGCAGGCAUCAAGCUGACACCCAUGGGCAACAUUUCCAAGCAUAAAGCAGAAGGAGCUCCAAAGGGCACAGCCUUGGAGGCAUUUGGGUCUCAUUGGGUUGUUUCCCCACCGAAGCAGAACACAUUGUUCGAGGAUGAGAAGCAUCCGUUGGUGCCAUACUUUUGGGUGAGAGCAUGUGCAUCGGAUGCCCAGCCGAACAUGUCAUUUUCCACCAUCGUGCAGGAUGGGGUCACGGUGCCCAUGCUCUACAACGAGGAGCCCAUCGAGAAGCAUGAAGUGUUGCUCCACCCACCCAUGGAGGAGACCAUGCAGGAGCCGCCCAAGAAGAAGACGGCAAGCCCUGGUGCAGCAUGGGCAGGCAUCAUCCGACACAUCGGUGCCGACACCGCCAACCAUGCCGCCACCAUCUUCGAGCAGCCAUCCGCCUCCAUCGGCAACCAUGCCGCCACCAUCUUCGAGCAGCCAUCCACCGCCAUCUCAGAGCACAUUGCCUCCGGAACACAUGCCGGUGGCAUGGUUGCCAUGGACUUCGGAUCCAUGUGGGGGCGAUGGCAUGCAUCAGAUGAGAUUGGAGGCAUAUGGCGCCAUUGGUUGGACAAGCAGUUCAUAGCGGUCCAUCCCGACAUGGGCAACACUCCGGGCAACGAUGACAUCAGCAUCCCAUCCCACAGCACAUCCAGCCGACUGUGGCAAUAUGAUCCCAAUGUGGAUCGCCAACAUCGAGCGAAGCCCUCAUUUGCAGCCUCCCCGUGUGCCAGCAUCACGGGCGACCAUGACACCAGGUCUGCAACCACCACCGGGUUUGCCAUCCCCAUCGGGCGAAGCAUCAUCGGCAGCUGGACCAUCGGACGAAGCCUCAUCGGCAUUACCAUCGGGCGAAGCAUCAUCGGCAUCAGCAUCGGGCCCGGCAUCAUCGGCACCCAUGCGGGGGGUCGUGGCGGUGCCAACAUUGCCUUUGUCAUGGCGACAUUCAUCAUCCAUUGCCAUGAGACCAUGGGCGAAAUGAGCCGUCCAAAAUUCAAGACAUGGCUCCGCAUGCAGCUGAUGGCUGUGCAUCCAGACGUCGCAGACCAUGGCAACUCGCCCAGCAUCAUCAGCGCCAGACAGAUGAGGGCAUUCAUCGGCAUGGUUAUUCGCGACAUGGGAGUGUACUAG